GUUUCACACUUUGUUAGAUUGAUUAACAAUCUCACAGCCUUCAUUCACUUCAUCAUCUAUCCGAUUUUUCUCUCUAUACUUCUCAGACUGUAAAAAUGGCAUAAAAAAACCCAGGUUAGUGAUACUAGCUUUCGUCUUUCACGAUUUUAUAUAUUUUAUACGUGGCAGUUGAAGAUACGGAUCGGAUAUGUGAUCUUCAAUCACCAAUGCUUUAAUAAAUCACCACCUGAUGCCUUCGUCUUUGAUUUUGUCAUUUCCAUAAUUUCCUCUCAAAGUUUAUGUAAACCUUUCAACAAUCUCAUAAUCUCAUUACUUUGAUCACUUCAUCGUCUAUCUCUAUUUGUCCUCUCCAUGCUACCCCACACUAUUCAUAUAAUAUAACCAUGGCAGCAGAAAAGCCUGCAACUUGUAAUCAUCCUACUCUUCCUAGGUACCUCCAGAAAGUUGAAGUCGAAGACCUUUCCCGAGAACGCAAGGACCUCAUUGCUACCUUACCCAAAGAAUCGGGUUUCUUCAACAACUGUAUCCAUCAAUACAAUGGUUUUUGGCUCACCACAAACCGAUUGCAAGGAACCCUCAAUUGUCAGAACCACUUUCAAGCUCAUGACUCUGACAUCCUCCUCGUAACCUCACCUAAAUCUGGUACCACCUGGCUCAAAGCCCUAACUUUUGCCAUUCUCAAUCGCAAGACUCAUACUUGUAGUCACUCUCAUCCUCUCCUCACUACUAAUCCUCAUGAUCUUGUACCCUUCUUAGAGGGCGUUCUCUAUCUUCAGACUACCAUGCCUGACCUGAGCUCUUUCUCAUCACCAAGGCUCUUUGCAACCCAUCUCCCGUAUGUUUUGUUGCCAGAAUCUGUGAAGGGGUCAAGGUGUAAGAUUGUGCACUUGUGUAGAAACCCAAAGGACAUGUUUGUCUCAUUCUGGCAUUUCGCAAACAAGAUAAGACCAGAAACCCAAGGGCUGAUUCCAAUUGAAGAUUUUUUUGAAAAGUUUUGUCAAGGAACAGUUGUUUAUGGGCCGUUUUGGGAUCAAAUUUUGGGAUACUACAAGGAGGCUUUGGAGAGGCCAGAGAAGAUAAUGUUUUUGAGAUUUGAAGAUUUGAGGCGCGAGCCAAUCAAAGUUUUGAAGGACCUUGCUGAGUUUAUAGGGUGUGGUUUUUCAAAGGACGAAGUGAAGGGAAAUGUGGUGGAAGAUAUAUUGAAGCUUUGUAGUCUUGAGAAUUUGAGCAAUUUGGAAGUGAAUAAGACUGGAAAAGUGUGGUUUGGCAUAGACAAUAAGGCUUACUUUAGGCGUGGAGAAGUUGGAGAUUGGAAAAAUUUCCUCACAAUUGACAUGAGCGAGCGUAUUGAUCUUAUUAUUAAAGAGAAAUUGGGGAAACAUGGCUUGAAAUUUUAGAUCCAUAUAUGUUACUUGACAAUCUCGUCCAUCAAAAACAAGAAUGCAUGGGCUAUCUUUCUGCAACUCCUCAUCUCUCUCUCUCUCUAUCAUCUUCAUGAACGAACCAUCAAAGGAAGAAGAAGCAAUUCGGUAGGUGAAGAAGAGCAACUCCUCACCUCUAUGUUAAGUGUUUG